AUGGCCUCCGGCGCACCACCGCAGGUCUGCCACUUCAAGUUGGUGCUUUUGGGGGAUGCCUCAGUGGGCAAGUCCUGUCUUGUCGUCAGAUUUGCCAAAGGAGAGUUCUAUGAGUACCAGGAACCAACAAUUGGAGCUGCCUUCAUGACGCAGACAGUAAGCCUCAACACAGAGGUUGUCAAGUUCGAGAUCUGGGAUACCGCUGGGCAGGAGCGCUACAAGAGCCUUGUCCCAAUGUACUACCGGGGCGCUGCAGCUGCUGUCAUCGUCUUUGACAUCACGUCGCGGGAGUCCUUCGAUGCAGCCAAAGCCUGGGUUUCCGAGCUGCAGAACACGGACACAUUGAUCGCGCUAGCGGGGAACAAGUCUGACUUGGAGGCAGCUCGGGCUGUCGACAGGGAUGCGGCUAGAGCUUAUGCAGACCAGAUGAGCCUCCUGUACAUGGAGACGUCAGCCAAGACCGGGCAGAACGUGAACGAGUUGUUCAAUGAGAUCGCAGUUCGCCUGCCAAGGAGAUCGCAGGAGGAGCCGAGGACACGGGGUUUUGCCGUCGGACAGAGCGGCACAAGCUCUGCUGGUUGUGCGUCCUCUUGCUGA